CGAGUUUUUCCUUUGCGCUGGCUUCCAGCGCAGUCCGUCCGCUGCUUUCGUGUGGUCCGUGCCGCCCCGUUCGCUCGCCCGCAGUGUUGGAAGCAUUCUCUGUUUGCUGGUGUGGCCCGCCUUGGCAGCGAGCCGCGUGCUCGGGAGAAGGUCGACAACGUCCUCGUGUGAUUGUGUGACAGUUUGUCUUCGGCGUUCCUCUGCGGUGGGCCGAAAGGAAUACGGGAUUGGAACUUCGGUUCCCUUCGUCUCUGUUUGUUUUUCUUUCCUUCCCCGGACCGCGGGAUACCGCCUGCGGAACGGACUCCAGCGCUGUUGGGACGUCGGGACCGGAAACGGCGCGGUCCGCAGCCGUGAUGACAACCGGACCGGCGCCAGACCUCCGGUUCCGAGGACUCCUAAGGCGGACGUCCGCCUAGCGCCCUGGGGCCGAGACUCUCGCGAACCCUAGCGCCGCACGAGACGAUCAAGCACGAUGGCGUCCAGCUGCCUGGACCUGAGCGCCAAGAUGGCGCCCUGCUUCAUGUCCCGGGACGACUCGCACUUCCCGGCGCCCAGCGCCCCGCACUGGGCCCGCGGACACCGGAGGACCAAGAGUGCGGGCAACUACUGCCAGCGGGACCUGAGCAUCUACACGACCAUGGGCCUGUACGCGCACCACUGCACGCUGCCGCCGCUCGCCCAGUCCGAGUCCACGCUGGCGCUGACGACGGCCGGCGGGGCGGCCGACUUUCGCCACUUGGCGCUGACGACGGCCAUGGCGCUGCCCCACCACCACCACCACCUGGCCGAAGUGACGUACAGCAGCACGGCGGACUUCGCGAGGGCCGGCGAGCUGCGCGGCGAGAGGCUACGAGCCGAGCUGCUGGAUGAGGUGGACCCAAACUUGAGGGAGUGUGGUAUCUUGAGGUUCCGUCCACGCUCGCUCCAGUACUUCGCCAACAUCCGGGUGUUUGUGUUCCUGGCCUGCAUGCUGGUCACCCUACAGCAGGCACUGUCCACGGGAUAUGUAAAUAGUGUAAUUACUACAAUUGAGAAGAGGUUUGACAUCCCUAGUCGAGUUUCAGGGGCAAUAUCAAGUUCAUUUGAGAUUGGGAAUCUGUUUACCAUUAUUUUUGUGAGCUACCUGGGGAGCCAUCGUCACAUUCCUGUCUGGAUUGGCAAGGGUACCAUAGUGAUGGCCAUUGGGUCAUUUGUGUUCUCACUUCCUUAUUUCAUGGACCAAGUAAGCUCGCCAAGUAUUUAUAAAGUGAAUGUCACUCGCAUUGAGGAUGAGAACACAUGCCAAAUGCCUACAGCUGCCAUGGUGCCAGAACAUGCCAGCCACUUUAUCAACCCGCCCCUGUUGCCUGAAGCGGAGCAGACCUGCAUAGAUGGGAGCUCUUCCAAUGCCCUGUAUAUUUUUAUAUUUAUGACUGCCCAAAUUCUGAUUGGAUGUGGGGGGACUCCAAUCUUCACCUUGGGAACGACCUACAUUGACGACCAUGUCAGGAAGGAGAGUUCUUCCAUGUAUAUAGGUUGCAUGUACAGCACCGUGGCAUUUGGCCUUGUGGUGGGUUACCUGCUGGGAGGCUUCCUCCUCUCCCGUCACGAAAACGCCUUCAUCGGGGGCUCGGCCCCGAGAGGCAUCUUCCCAGGCAGUGCACGCUGGAUCGGAGCCUGGUGGGCGGGCUUCGUGCUCUGUGGUAUCUUCCUCGUGCUGGUUGCCGUUCCCUUCUUUGCAUUUCCAAAGUCUCUGCAAAGAGAAAAGCAGCGCUUGAAGAGAGAGGAGGAAUAUUUGAGUGGGACCAAGCUGGUUGGGCUGGGCCAGAAGGUGGACGUGUGGAAGCCGUCAGGGGCACAACAGCACUCUUCCACACACGAAAUACCGGACAAGCAGAAGUAUGGCAGGGAUAUCAAAGACAUCCCAGCCUCUAUGUGGCGCCUGCUAUGCAACCCCAUCUACAUGGUGACAUGCCUGGGCUCAUGCAUGGAGCUGGCCAUUGUCAGUGGCUUUGUUGUCUUCCUGCCCAAGUACCUGGAGACUCAAUUCAACAUUGGCAAGUCGCAGGCAAACGUCUUCACAGGUGGCAUCGCUAUCCCCGGAGCUUGUGUUGGGAUAUUUCUUGGUGGUUAUGUGUUGAAGAAGUUCCAGAUGCGACCAAAAGGAGCCAUCCAGUUUGUGCUGUUCUUCAAUCUGCUAUGCAUGGGACUGUACACGUUGCUGUACUUCCUCGGCUGUGAUAACAUUCGGAUGGCUGGAGCCACACUUCCUUACUUCAACAACAGCAGCGAGUUGGAGACGUUUCAAGUGAAUCUGACGGCCGACUGCAACAUGGGCUGCCGGUGUUCUCCCAAUGACAUCGAGCCAGUGUGUGGCCGCAAUGGAAUCACCUACUUCUCCCCGUGCCAUGCCGGCUGCCGCUCUGGAGCAGGCCACGGCUUGCACCUCAACUACACUUCAUGUGCCUGUAUUGUGCCCAAUGUGACGGUGAGCCCAGAAGUGACGGCGGUUCCAUUGGCAACAAGUGGACCUUGUCCGCAGCCUUGCCUUGCCUUCAUACCUUUCAUGGUUCUUCUGUUUGCUAUGACUUUGGUCGUCUCCAUCACUCAGAUGCCAUUGCUGAUGAUAAUACUACGGUCUGUCAGUGAAGAAGAGAGGUCAUUUGCUCUGGGAAUGCAGUUUGUGAUUUUCCGGCUGUUUGGUUACAUCCCAGCUCCCAUCAUGUUUGGAAAUGUGAUUGACUCGUCCUGCAUUCUUCGGAAGGCUCACUGUGGCAAGCCUGGAGGGUUCUGCUUAGUUUACAACAUCGAACAGUUUAGGCUAAAGUACAUAGCCGUGUGCUCCGGGCUGAAAGUGGCAGCGGGGCUGCUCUUCUUCCUCGACUGGCUGCUCAUCACCUGGCGGCACAAGCGGGAACUCAAGGAAGCGCCGCCCUUGACCGUGGGCGAGAUCGUGUCGUCCAUCGUCUCGCUGGACCGUCUCUCUUCCCUCGGCUGGGGCGACGCCGAGCAGAAGGAGGACGUCCUUCCGCUCGGACACCACUGUGCCGAAGAUCUCGAGGGUGCCGCCGGCGGAAGCAUGGCCUCUCCGGACCACGAGGAGAGGGAACGCCACUCGCAGCCACUUCUCAGAGAUCUCCCAGAAAAACCUCAAGAUGCGAGUUGUUGAGACAUGCUCCGAUGGCUGGGUGCAGUGCAGGCUGUUUAGGUGUCGAUGUCCCUUGGGUGAGGGAGAGCGAGUAGAACGUAUUGGUACUACUAACUGGACUCCGGACAUUGAUCCUUCAGGCAAAGAUUGUUUGUCUUAUCGAGGUUGCCGCAAAAAUAAAUUCCUUGUCAAUUACGCUGGCAUAGGUGAAAAGUUACAACUAAUUACCUUUCGGUUUCACACCCUAGCUCGCAUUUCUUUUCUUUGGAUGGGGAGGGAGGGAGGCUGCAAAGUUUUUAUGGGUCUCUCUGGUAGUUGCAGGAUGACAAGUCUUGUCAACGCAAAAUAUGCAGAGUAAGCGGGUAACAGUAUGAAAGCUACAUUCUGCUGAACACAACACAUGGUACAAAUCAGUAGCUGCAAGGAACCCAACUUGAAAAGGGAUUUGGAUUUUGUUGUCAUUUACGUAACUCGUUUUGGAAGAGGCAUUCUUCACUGAUCGGGAACACGCCAAAUGGAGUGUUUUUUUUUGUUUUGUUUUUUCCUAAACCAAAUUCACUAAAUGCUAUGCUUGUUUUUUGUAUCUCAUCUGUUUUUAUCAUCUUCCAAACAUUGUAUUCCUUUGCAUUUUGUUUGUGGCAUUCCAAUUACUACUGUAUUAGUAUACUUUUCAUUUUUAAAUUCUUCGUCGUAUGAAUGCAUCACACCCUUGAUAGAGGAUGACAAUUGUAUAAUGUGAUGGUGGUGCAUUCACAUUGUUGUAUUGGGGCUUUAUAUAGGGACAAAGUGCCUGAUAAUGUAGCCAGAGAUAAUACCUAGAGUGAGCUUACGUUUAAUUUAUUGUGCUCAGCAGGACAUGAGAUAGGACCAAUAGUAGGCAGGCUUGCCAUUGGUAUAGAGUGAGGCCAAAAAAAAAAUACAUUUGUCACAAACAUUAGUACAGAGCAAGACUCAUUGUUGGACUACCUGUGGCAUAUAUGCAGCAUUUUUGUAAACUUACCUCAGGCCCAGAAGCAGCAUUGUGUUACCUAUUAUCUGUUUGCAGCCCUCUAGGGGUCAAUCUAAAACAGGGUUUUCCAAAUACUCAGCAAUAUGCUGAAUAGCCUGCACUGUAACCAGCAUGGCAUGGAGCCACACCAAAUCCAAGGAACCAUUGAGUACCAAGAUGAGAUGGAAGAGGUGCUUUCUUUGCGGAGCAGUGGUGCUGAGGAAAAGAGACUACCUGCAGGAUGCAGAAGUUACUGUGCAAAGUGUGAACUUUCGACAAAAUUGCAUCUGCAUGUGUGCUUGCAAAGACAAAGUGACUGCGAUUUUGAUGUUGCCUUACCUACUAGGGAGAUUAUAACCGUUUUAUCUAUUUUCAUUUUGUUGUGUGGUACGGCACUGCUUAUGUGAGGAGAAGCAUUGACUAGCCGGUGGUGCUGCGGCCAGUAAUUUGAAGGAUUGCACACCCUGUCCUUUUGUUAUUAAGUGUUUAUUUGUUUAGAUGAAGUUGUAUAUUUCUGGUGACGUGACUUCUCUGGGGAUCACUUCUUAGUAUUUUAUUUCGAGUUUUCGAAGAUCAUACACUUGGUUUCUCUGGAAGUCGUUUUCAGUCACGCUCAUGGUGCAGUGGACCACAGUUGCUAUUGAGACAGUUUCCUUUGCUGCAAGUGUCUAAUUGCCUUGUCUUGUGUGGUUACAUUUUAAUGUUGGCUUGUUGGUGCCCUCCCCUUGAAACACUGCUUGCUCUAGAAAAACGCUGCAUUGUCGUGUUUUUUUUUUUUACUUAUGAGACACUUUUUAUUUGUAGUUGCACGGUUCCUCUUGGGUACCUCAAAUAAUCUUUUUUUCAAUUGUUAUAUGGCAGUUUGUACUUAAUUAAUGCAAUAUAUCCUGCCUUCUACAGAUCCAGAGGUGGUCUGGGAAAAUAUUGCAGGUUUCUUUAAAUAUUAUUUGUGGGCACCGCAUGCAUUGCUAGGUUUAGUUUCAAAGGCACUCACGUGGUGAGUCGUGUCUCGUUAAUAUGAACUUUUGUGUAUGUGGACACAUUGAAAUACCACUAUUUUGUCGGAACUUGUGAAAGGGCCAUAGAGUUCAUUAAUUAUCGCAAGUAGUAUCUCAUAUGAUUAUUAAAUUGGUCUUCCCACGCGCAAAUUUUUACAUUGGUGAGACUUGACUGUACCACACUGACAUUGACAUUGUGAAACUCUAGUGCUUCCUGUGGCCCUUUGUCCAGAAAGGAAAUCUCACUGACUGGGUUCAGACUUUGUUGUUUUAACAUAAUGUGAUACAUCAUCAAAUAUAAUGGGUGCACCUUUGUAAAAUAAGUAGAGCAGAUAUUUUGACAGAGUGGGGCGUACAGACAAUGUGCACAACUGGUAGGACUUGCAGGAAGGGCUGCAUGCUUCAAAGCCUCGCGGGCUGUGUCGUUGGCCGUAUCAUUUGAAAGGAACCUGAAGUUUCUUAGGAAUUCAAAGGAUGUGCAAAGUGCAAUAGACAAACCACCCAUCCAUAAUCUGCAUGUGCUUGGCAGAACGAAGUGAUUUGUUACCUAUUAUGCUAAAAAAAGCAGUGCACCAUUUUCUCUACACUUAGGAAAAAAGGCAUCAGAUAAAAUGUCUUAGUUUUUGUGUUUGUUGUACAAACUGUAUUGUUCCAGUUUUUUUUUUUUUAGGAAAGGGAUUGUUUAUUUGAGAUAAAUAGCCUACAGCCUACAGAUUUAUAGUAAGAUUAUUUAGCUACAUACGUGUAAGUGUCUUUGCCAUUUGCAAAGUUGGAAAAUGCUAGAGCUUAUGUGUGGCACUUUAUUUGAGAUGUUCUUGCACUGUAAAUGAAAUUAUUUAUUUUGGGUUAGUGUUUAUGCAUUGAUUCAGAUAUAUUUUUCUUUUAUUUAGUGCUCGAAACAAUGGGUGGCGCUCUUGUUUCUACUGGCGUUUGCAUUAUUGAAUUUCGCCACUUCCAUUUCUUUCAUUGGCAGUGUCUUUUUAGAUGCUUUUUCAUAAUCAGUAACAUUUUUUUUUCCAAGCGGGACUUGUGGCAGACAGUACUGGACUUCUUUUUCAGAUUCAGUACCUGUUUGAAGGGAGGGGAUAGUGCUGCAAAAAACAAGGUUCUGAUUUGAUAUUGCUGUCUUCCUAAUCUCAUGCAUUACUGGUUACUUUUCUUUCAUCUGUGCAAGUAGGGUGGACACUCGGGACUGCUAAUUCAGCGAGGCUGCAUGUCGUUGCAGUUCUCAAGACAAUAGCAGGACAUUAAAAGGCUACUGUUGAACCACAAA